GUCAAUCAGAAUCUCCAGUUGCUUCAUCAUCCAAGUCUACCGAUAUAUCCAUGGCUCCGGAGAUCGAACAUGUAGAACCAAUAGACGAUAAACCAGAAAUUAUCGAGGAAUCAGAGAUUCGAGACUAUACCUCAUCUAGCAAUGAUGAAGUUAAACCAUCUCCCGACUUACUCACAAAUGAUAAAUCCGAACCCAGCAAUGAAGAAGUCAAGCACGAAGUGCCCUGCUCUGCAGACACCCAAUCGGAAACAUACUCACCUGGAUAUAUACCUCGGGAAGAAAGGGAGGCACAUUUAAGAGAAACUGCGGUUAAAUAUGGCGAGGAUCCUGAUAAGUUCGUAACCAUAACUGAAAAGGAUAGGGAUUUGGUAAGGAUAUUCCGAGAUAAAAUGAUGGCGGACGCAGAAAUAAUCGAUUUUGCACGAAAAGAUGGGGACGAUCCAGAGGAGUAUAUGGAAUUGACCAGGCGAGAAAAAUUGAUAUGUAUGGAAAUUAAGCUACGGAUGUAUGAAGAUGAUGGCAAACCCCGAUCAUACACAUGUAUUUAUGAUGAUGAAGAAUGGAAAAAAAACAUAGCGAUACUCCAGGAAAAUGGAUAUCUAUG